ACCGUGCCGGCUGAAGGUCCUGGUGAAAUCGGGACUGUGGCCGCUUUUUUAAGACUCUUGGCACCCUGGCUUUGUCGGCGCGCGGUUACUUAGUAAGACUGAACACAAAGCACCCCGAUGAAGCUUGACGUUCAUCUGAAGUGCUUUAAGUGCUUUAAAUCCACUGUAACUCGUGGCAUUUCUUCCACAUUUAUCUGCAAUAAAAACCUGGAAAUGGCCAGACAAGAACCUCAAGAGAGAAACUAUGACAAUAUGCUGAAGAUGAUAGAGGACCUGAACAGAGACCUAGAAAAACUUCUGGAGGAAAUGGAAAAACUGACAGCCAAGAUUUCUGGCUUGGUAGUAUUUCUUGUGUUUGUAGUUCAGGCAACCUGGAUGGCAUAUGACAUGGUAGUAAUGCGUACCAACCCUGACCUGACCGAUUCCAUGAGGCGCUUGGAAGAGGCCUUCCUGAACUGCAGAGAAGAAAUGGAGAAAAAAUGGCAAGAAGUGCUAAGAGAAUCUAAAGGUGAAGAGCAAAAAAAGGAAUAAGUUGAAUUUAGUCAUGCUGGCAGAACUGUAUCGCUUGGAAAGUCUCCAGUUUUUUUGUAUUCCAGGCAUGGAGUUUUCACAAACACCAUGGAAUUGCUGUUCACCUUACUAAGAACUAUGCAUGUGUUCACAUUUAUGGAAAUAUUUUUAUGAUAUAUUAAUAUUGUUGAAGAUAAAAGGUAACUAUGUUUCUAAUUUUUAUUAUGCUCACCUUGUACAGUGGAUGUGCAUACAGAACUUAAGAUGCUAUAAGUGUUUUUUUUUGGUUUUCCUGGAAGAUCACACUCACUUCACAGUCAGUAUGCCUAUGUGGAAUUCUUUGAUUCAUAAACAAAUUGAGUGGAGGGAGAAGGGGAGGGUAUGCAGUACACAACUACACCAAUGUGCCUUUCAAGGAAAAGUAAAUAAUUCAUUUUUUUUACCAAAUUAACAAUUUUAGACUUGCAGAUUCAUCAUGCUAGUUUAAUGUGAGAUUACCUACCAGGUGUUCAUCAACAGAAUUUUAUUAUUAGGUAGCUCAUCUGUAAUUUUUUUUUUCUCCAUUAUAUUUCCUUGGAAUUUCAGCCAUUUAUUUGAAUUGACUGUCCCAGAAAGUUUAUUCUCUUGAAAUUCUCUGAAGGUAAGAAAAAAAUGUUCAGUUAUAAACUACACUUUGUGUGGUACAGUCUGUGGGAUUGCUGCUGAAACCAAAUUGAUCUUAUUAUAAAACAUGACUUUCUCCCUAUGUUCCUUCUAUAUGUUAUUAAAAAGGAAUAGUAAAAAAUUUCCCUUGUAGUCAAGAUGCAGGCUAAGAGCACCACCUUGUGGCUUGCAGUUAAUUCAUAAAUAUUUUAUCUAAGCUGGAAAACCAUGUAAGUUUCCAUUAAAAUCAUUAUGUUAACAGGCUGAUUUGCAGCAAGCAGCAACAUAGCAAGUAAUAGCACCCUAAAGUAAUGUCAACUUGCCCUCCCUACCCCCAUUUAUACCUACUGUUUCUAGAGGCAGAUGGAAAGUUUGAACUACAUUCUCGACUUUUGUUGCAGAAGAAAGGUCUUCAUCCCAGCCAAGGUAGGGCAAAAUAGCAAUUUGAUCACUCCUUGGAGGACCUUCAUGGCCUGUUUUCACUUUAGUACCUUGACUGCAUCACCUCCAUUUUUUAAAUCUGCAUUAAGAACUUUUUCUUUCUUUCUUUUUUUUCUUUCUUUUUUUUUUUUAAGUGUCACAAGUAUUUUAACUGCUCAUGUAGUGCAGAGAUUUACUGAAUUUAAUGAUUGUGUGGUGUAAUUUUUUUGGUCAUCCUUUUUCUUACUUGUGGAAGUUACCCUAGUAACCACAUGCCCAACAAACACGCACCUAUGACGAGGGGUAGGGAGAGAAGUUGGGAAGAGAACAAGACACUGCAGGUUAGAACUGUGAGAAAGUAGAACAUGGAGAAUCUGGCUACCUUAGUAGACCAAACUGCCUCUUCCUCUCUAAACCUUUCUUCUCAGCUGCAUAAUGAUAACUACACGGGACUUGGGGAGAUGCACCAGA